AUGACUAUCCCACUUCCCGGCACUUACAAGAUCGCCAAUGCCCAUUUCAAGACCAAUCAGUUAUUUGGCUUGCAAGGUGGAAGUGUCAAACCAGGCACCCCUAUCGUUGCCCGCAACAACGCGAAGUACAAGAGUGGCGAGGCCCAAAUGCUCUGGACGUUGCAAGUGUUGCGCGACGCGAACCCAGGCAUGAUCGUCAGAUUCAUCAACGUCGCAGCCGGCACAUUUGCUCAACCCCCGGGUGGAGUUCUGAGCAACGGCGGCGGUAUCGUUGGUGGUGAUGCCGUUGCGGAGUGGCUCCUCACUCCGACCACCACCCUUGGACAGUACUCGAUCCAGACCACUGAUGGGACGUUCGCCUGUUCCCUUUCGGACGGCAUUGAUUUCACUCAUGUGAAGCUCCAGGCCACUAAUUUGGAGGACGACAUGCAGGCCUGGGUGUUUGCCCCCGCCUAA